AGAGAGUUUUGGGGUGUCCCGGGGGGGGCCAUGCAGUCCGACGACCUCUUCCUCCGCAAGAUGCGGGGCCCCUCCUCUCGACCCCCCCUUUCUCCCUCAGCCGGGGCUGGGGGGGUCCCCCCUUCUCCUCCUCCCUCCCCCGGGUUUGGGGGGACCCCUGCCCUACACCGCAGCAGCAGCAGCGAAGCGGUUUUGGGGGGACCCCCAGGAGGUGGGGGGGUCUCACACCGCGCCCGAACCCACAGCCACGAGGAAGUGGGGGGCAACCCCAGGGGCUCCCCCCGAUUCCGAGACCCCUUUGUGCUGUUGGGGCUCGGGGGGAAUGGGGGGGCCCGGGAUGAAAAGGAGGAGGAAGGAGAAGGGGGGGACCCCGAUUUCUUUCCGCGCCCCCUCUGGAGCCCCCACUUUGCUCAUUACGAUGUUCAGAGUAUCCUCUUUGACCCCACUGAGCCCCUCCCGGACCCCCCCGGACCCACUUCGGGGGCUUCGGCCGCUCAUUUAGAGCCCCCCGAAACUUUUGGGGGUCCCCCCCCCGAUCCCGAAGCGCUGGUGCUGAGCUGCCCCCGAUUCUGCUGCGAGACUGGGGGGGAGAUGGAAGCAGAACUUGGGGAGGGGGUCCCCCAUGGCCCCCCCGGACCCGGAUACCUCCCCAACGCGGCUGUGGCGGUGCUGGAGGAGCCCCAAAUUGGGGGGCGCCCCCCAUACCCCAUCGAGUACAGCGACGACGGCGCUUAUUACUACCGAAAGUUCUUCUAUGGCAAAGAGCACCAGAACUUGGUGGGGGAGGACGCUGAGCUCGGCCCCGUGGCUGUGUCGCUGCGGCGAGAGGAGAAGGGGGGACCCCAACCCCAAAUCCUGCACCGCAUCAUCGUGCGCACCCGCCAGCUGCGCACCCUUCGGGGUUCGGUGCUGGAGGAGGCGCUGCCCCCCAAGAAGCUGUUGGAGGCGGCGCUGCCGCGGCUGCGGGGGCUGCGGGGGCUGCGCCUCGCGGGACCCUCGCCCGCCCUCCACCGCACGCUGCUCACCCUCGACGAGCAGGCCGUGAGCCGUCAGCGCAAGGUGGGGGUGCUGUACUGCCGGGGGGGGCAGAGCUCCGAGGAGGAGAUGUACAACAACGAAAGCGCCGGACCCGCCUUCGCGCAGUUCCUGGCGCUCCUCGGCACCCGCGUGCGCCUGCGCGGCUUCCGCCACUACCGCGCCCAACUCGACACCCGCGCCGACACCACGGGGACGCACUCCCUCUACACCACCUACCAUGGCUACGAAGUGAUGUUCCACGUCAGCACUAUGCUGCCCUUCACCCCCCGGAACCCCCAACAGCUGCUGCGGAAGCGCCACAUCGGCAACGACAUCGUCACCAUCGUCUUCCAAGAACCGGGGGCGAAGCCCUUCUCCCCCCGCGCGCUGCGCUCCCACUUCCAACACAUCUUCAUCGUCGUCCGGGUGCACCACCCCUGCUCCCCCCACACCCACUACAGCGUGGCGGUGAUGCGCCCCGAGGACACCCCACUUUUCGGCCCCCCGCUUCCCUCCGGCCGUUGUUUUUUGGGGGGUUCGGGGUUACGCGAUUUCCUUUUGGCCAAAGCCAUCAACGGGGAGAACGCGGCGGCGCUCGGAGGCCGCUUGGCCGCCAUGGCCGCCCGCACGCGACACCAAUACCUCCGCCACCUCGCCCGCGCCCCCCUCUGCACCCCACAUCGCCGCCUCCCCGCUUUGGGGGGCCGCCGGCGACUUGGGGGGCACCAACCCACCCCUAAGACCCCCCCGAUCGUGACCACCCCCGGAGCUUUGGUUUGGGGGGCGCGUGCCACGCGAGGAGGGCGAGAAGUGGGGUGCCUGCUGGGGGUGGCGGCCGAAAGGGUGGUGGUGGUGACCCCCAAAGUUGGGGUACGGUUCAACUGCGCCUCUCGAGACGUCCUGGGGUGGGCGUUCGCCGCCGAAGGGCGCCUCGAAAUCUUCUAUGGGGCAGGAGAGGCCUUGGAGCUGCGGCUGCCCCACGGCCGAGACGCUGCCGGGGUGGUGGAGCGGCUGCAGGCGGUGACCCGUGGGUGCGAGGCGCGGGCGCUGGCGCUGCCGAGGGGCGCCGGGGGGACGUUGGGGUUCCGGGUGGGCGCCGGGGGGGUGGUGACGGAGGUCACGCGCUUCUCCUUCGCCGAAGUGGCGGGACUGCGCCCCGGGUGCCGCCUGCUGCGCGUCGCCCACCGCCCGCUGCCCACCCUCAGCCCCCGGCGGCUGCGGGCGCUGCUGCGGCGCCCCAAGGUGCCCCUCACCCUGCUGCCCCCCGACCGCCAUGGGCGCCCCAGGAGGAGGUAA